AUGUCAAUUGGCCAGUUCGCUUUCAUGGAAGAAAUAUACCUAUCUACUACAUUCAUGAUACAGCAUAAACAUCCACUUAUGCGCAUAAAAGCAUACAUAGAAACAUGCGCAAAGUGUGGUAAUGACGUCGCUUACUCCUUUUUUUCAGGGAUGUACAAGAAAUAUAGGUGGAAAUAUGACAUUAAGAGUAGCGGUAAUGAUGCCGUAAUUAGCCAAAUGGUUUUCCACGUUGUUAUUAUCGAUCCGCUGGGAAAAGGAAGAGGGAAACUGGCAAAAGAAUUGGAAAAAUUUUCUCCUUUUUUAAAAUUAAAAGUGUGGAACGCUUAA